AUGGGACUACCAUUCUAUGGGACCCCGGCUUGGACUUCCAUCUGGGGUGGAAACGGGAGCAAGACAGGCGCGGAGAAUGGAGGUGGAAGCGGGAAAGGCGCCGAGACUGGAGGUGGAAGCGGGAGCGGCAACGAGAACGGCGCUGGGGCUGGGGGUGAUAAGAACCCUCCACGCUGGCAAGUCCACUUAGUCCGCCAAACAAGUGUGACCAACAACUUCCCUGCUCAGGAUGCAUCCAACGCAGAAGACCAGAGGAGUGUCGAUACCGAAUGUGGCGGAUUGUGA